UUCUUCAAAUUAAUACCACAAAAUAAUAUCUAUACAUCAUGGCAAUGACUAGCGCCCUUUUCCCUUCACAAUCUCUUUUUAUGCACAUAACCAAUCAAAGAAGUAGUCAAGUUUCAUGCGGAAGCUCUAACAAAUGGGCCGUUGAAGAACAUGAUCUUUUAAGAUCUACCUCGAGCUACAACAAAGAUGGAUUUAAUAGUACCAAAUUUGCAGGAUUAGUGAAGGAUGUAAAGUACUCACUAAUGACAGAAAGAAAUACCAAUAAUCUUGUUUUAGUGGAUACACUUCAACGUAUGGGAAUUGAAUACCAUUUCCAAGAAGAAAUUGAAUCAAUUUUACAUAAGGAGUAUGAUCAAAGUGCUUGUUUUCUCAAGUAUCAAACCCCUUUUGAUGUUUCACUUUGUUUCAAACUUCUGAGACAAGAAGGUUACCACGUGUCGGCAGAUGUAUUCAAGAAAUUCAAGAAUAGUGAUGAUUCCUUGAGGCAAGAUAUAAGUGGAUUAAUUGGUCUAUAUGAAGCAGCACAACUAGGUGUAGAAGGUGAACAUAUACUUGAUGAAGUUGCAAAAUUCAGUAGUGACCACCUGAAUGCAUGUCUUGCACAUAGUGACUCAUGUGAUCAAGCUACAAUUAUUAAAGAAACAUUGAAGUAUCCAUACCACAAAAGUUUAGCAAGUUACAAGGCGAAAAGCUUCAUCAAUAAUUUUAAAGGAAUCAAUGGAUGUGGAAGAACCACCUUGCAAGAAUUGGCAAAUAUUCACUACUCUAUAAAAAGAGAGAUACAUCAACAUGAAUUGAUUCAAAUUUCCAGGUGGUGGAAAAGUCUUGGUUUAGCUGAAGAUUUGAAGCUGUUGAGAGAUCAACCAUUAAAAUGGUAUGCUUGGCCAAUGGCAAUGAUUACGGAUCCAAUAAUAUCACAACAAAGAAUUGAGAUAGCAAAAUGCUUCUCUUUCAUUUAUGUCAUAGAUGACAUAUUUGAUAUUUAUGGAACUGUUGAAGAGUUGGCCCUCUUCACUCAAGCUAUCAAUAGGUGGGAAUUGGAUGUCAUGGUGGACUUACCAGAAUACAUGAGACCACCGUUCAGGGCUUUUUAUGACACCAUCAAUUCCAUUGGCUACAAUAUCUACAAAAUCUAUGGACAAAACCCCACUCAAAAUCUCCGUAAUGCGUGGAAAAAUUUAUGCAACGCAUUUUUAAAAGAAGCAAAAUGGUUUGCCUCUGGAGAGUUACCAACAACACAUGAGUACCUGAAGAAUGGAGUUGUUAGUUCUGGAGUUCAUGUGAUCUUAACUCACAUGUUCUUUUCACUUGGUUUUGGUCUAACCAAUCAAAAUUCUAUGAAUUUGGAAGAUACAUCAGACAUGGCCUCUUCUGUGGCUACCAUAUUUCGCCUAUGGAAUGAUAUUGGAAGUGCAAAGGAUGAGAAUCAAGAAGGAAAUGAUGGCUCUUACCUAGAAUGCUACUUGAAGGAACAAAAAGAUGGUUCUAUGGAAUUGGCAAGAGAAUAUGUAGUUAAGCUAAUAGAAAAUGAGUGGAAGAAACUUAACAAGGAAUCUCUUCAUCUAAUGAGUCAACCUAAUUUAAGAUCAUUUUCAAAAUUUUCUCUUAAUUUUGCAAGAAUGAUACCUCUCAUGUAUGAUUAUGAUGAUAAUCAAUCUCUUCCUAUCCUUCAAGGAUAUAUUAAGUCUCUGUUGUAUGAUGAUUUAUCAAGUGAGUAAAGUGUAGAGUUCUUUUGGUUA